AGGGGACUGCUCGGCCCUCCCACGCCAUGUCCAGGUCGCAUUCGGCCACCGGGACUUCCCUUAACGCUCGGCCGGGGUCCCCAGGCUCGCGCCCCUGACAGCAGCCGAACUGUUUAUUUCCGUCCGGCUGAAGAGGCGGGGUGGAGAUGGCACAAGCCGAUUGGUUAUGUAAAUUGUGGAGCCAAUUUCGGCCUAUGAGCCAGGAGACUACAAGUUCCAGAAUGCAUCCUUCCUCCAGCACAGGGAGAGGCCGAGGUUGCGGGAGCGUUGCCUGCUGGGAAUUGUAGUCUUCAUCUUGUUUGUUACGCAGGCGGAACUGGGGGGAGGGAGUAAACUAUUACCACGUGACGUUCGGGUCAGGGGGUUGGGCCAGCCUCCGCGCUCGAGCUGUGAUUGGCUGACUCUAAUAAGAAGACGCCACUAGGGGCGGGGCGAAGAGGGGCGCAAGCUCACUGCGUUUUGAGUCUCGGGACCCCUGUCGGAGAGACUAUGGCGCUCAACAAGAAUCACUCGGAGGGCGGCGGAGUGAUCGUCAACAACACCGAGAGCAUCCUAAUGUCCUAUGAUCAUGUGGAACUCACAUUCAAUGACAUGAAGAACGUGCCAGAAGCCUUCAAAGGGACCAAGAAAGGCACCGUCUACCUUACCCCUUACCGGGUCAUCUUUCUGUCCAAGGGCAAGGAUGCCAUGCAGUCCUUCAUGAUGCCAUUUUAUCUCAUGAAAGACUGUGAGAUCAAGCAGCCCGUAUUUGGUGCAAACUACAUCAAGGGAACAGUGAAGGCGGAAGCGGGAGGUGGCUGGGAAGGCUCUGCUUCCUACAAGUUGACUUUCACGGCAGGGGGCGCCAUUGAGUUUGGACAGCGGAUGCUCCAGGUGGCAUCUCAAGCCUCCAGAGGUGAAGUCCCCAAUGGAGCCUAUGGCUACUCUUACAUGCCCAGCGGGGCCUAUGUCUAUCCCCCGCCAGUCGCCAAUGGAAUGUACCCCUGCCCUCCUGGCUACCCCUAUCCACCGCCCCCGCCUGAGUUCUAUCCAGGACCCCCCAUGAUGGACGGGGCCAUGGGAUACGUGCAGCCCCCACCACCGCCCUAUCCUGGGCCCAUGGAACCUCCGGUCAGCGGCCCCGAUGUCCCCUCCACUCCUGCAGCCGAAGCCAAGGCCGCAGAAGCAGCCGCCAGCGCCUACUACAACCCAGGCAACCCUCACAACGUCUACAUGCCCACGGUGAGAGAGCGUGGCAAGCCAGCCGCCACCACCUCCCUACUACCCACCGGAAGAUAAGAAGACCCAGUAGGCCCUCCUGCCUCCCUGCCUCCCACCCUUAUCUCUGUACCCUACCCCUCCCAUUGGGACUGCACUGGGGCUGGGGGAGGGGGCGCCUUGUUAUCCCUCCAGGUCUGAUCAUAAACAAUUACCAGGAACUAGCAUUGUGGGACAUUAGGGCCCCCGGCCUCAGGAGAGGUGCCGCCCAGCUUCCCAUGCCAGCCCAGAGCCCACAACGCUGCCCAGUGUGCCUCACUCACUGUCUGGGGCUCUCCUGGGAGCAUGGGGCAUCCCCUGUUCCUGUUUCACUCUCAGCUUCUCCCCUCGAAGGGACUCUCUGGCCACCUCCUCCACCGCAGUCCAGCUCCCUCAGUCUGGCAGCCACUGCUACACUCAGCCUCAUGAGCCACUUCAGACCAGCCAGGUGUCUUCCCCGGCCCUGCCAGGCCCUGCUCACAUUCCCUCCACUGGUCUAUGCUGGUCUCAGAAGGCCACCGUGUCUGCAUUCCACUCAGCCAAGGUCCAGCUGCAGCCCUGCCACUGUCCUUCCCUUCCUUGUCCUGAGUCAUGCUGUUGCCACCCCAUGUGACUUUUGAAGCUGUAAAAUGAGCUUCCAGGGCUUGGGUGGCGUCGGGGCAGGGCCGCCGAGGCGGGGAGGAAGUGCUUCUGCCUUUCGCUGGUGUUUCUGGAAUUUGCUUUCCCUCACCUCUCACUUCCCUCUAGAAGGAGCUUCCUGACUGGAACCAGAGAAUGCAUGUCUGUCCACUUUUGGGCUGCUGGGUGGGGCUGGAAACAAGGGCCGCUGACCCUUCGUGCCGGCCGGGACCUGCCACUAGCCCCCCAGCCUGCUUCUUCCCCUUAAGCUUCGUGCCCCUGGAUGCGCUAACAUUCGCUCUUGUUUGUUCCUGGACUGGCCAUGAAGUGAGGAGAUGGUUAUCUAAAGAGAAUUCCCUAUUUAUUUGACAAAAAAUCCAGUUAAUAUAUUAAUGUGAAAUAAACCCUGUUUGCACCUUGAUUUGUUUGCUGAAAAUGUGAAAUAGUAAAAAUAAAUAACUGGA